AUUCUCCUCUUCACAAAGCAACAACUCCAACCCAUCAUCAAUCUCUCUCUCUCUCUCUCUCUCUCUAAAUAUCGAUCGUCUCUCUCGACUUUCUCUCUCUAAAUACUGAUCGUUUGAUCAUAAACCAAACCAUGGUUCUCUCAAAGACUGCUUCAGAAUCAGAUAUCUCUGUCCAUUCCACUUUCGCCUCUCGCUAUGUUCGCACUUCUCUUCCUAGGUUUAAAAUGGCGGAGAACUCGAUACCAAAGGAAGCUGCGUACCAGAUAAUAAACGACGAGUUGAUGCUAGAUGGGAAUCCGAGGCUGAACUUGGCAUCGUUUGUGACGACGUGGAUGGAGCCAGAGUGCGACAAACUAAUGAUGGAUGCAAUAAACAAGAACUAUGUCGACAUGGAUGAGUACCCUGUUACUACCGAGCUUCAGAACCGGUGCGUGAAUAUGAUAGCACAUCUGUUUAAUGCACCACUGGGAGAAUCGGAGGCCGCUGUUGGAGUCGGCACGGUCGGGUCAUCGGAGGCCAUAAUGUUGGCCGGCCUUGCUUUCAAGAGGAAGUGGCAAAACAAGAGAAAAGCCCAGGGCUUGCCCUUUGACAAGCCCAACAUUGUCACCGGAGCCAAUGUUCAGGUAUGCUGGGAAAAAUUUGCAAACUACUUUGAAGUGGAGUUGAAGGAAGUAAAGCUGAGAGAAGGCUAUUAUGUAAUGGACCCAGUCAAAGCUGUUGAGCUUGUUGAUGAAAAUACCAUCUGUGUGGCUGCUAUUUUGGGCUCAACUCUCAAUGGUGAAUUUGAAGAUGUCAAGCUGUUGAAUGAUCUUUUGAUUGAAAGAAACAAGCAAACUGGAUGGGAUACACCAAUUCAUGUAGAUGCAGCUAGUGGUGGAUUCAUAGCACCAUUCAUAUAUCCAGAGCUUGAGUGGGAUUUCAGGCUUCCAUUAGUGAAGAGCAUUAAUGUGAGUGGUCAUAAGUAUGGGCUUGUCUAUGCCGGAAUUGGGUGGGUUAUCUGGAGAACCAAACAGGACUUGCCUGAUGAACUCAUCUUCCACAUUAACUACCUUGGAGCUGACCAACCUACCUUCACCCUCAAUUUCUCCAAAGGUUCAAGUCAAAUUAUUGCUCAGUACUAUCAACUCAUCCGCUUGGGUUUUGAGGGAUACCAAAAUGUGAUGGAGAAUUGUCGUCAGAAUGCGGUUGUGUUGAAACAAGGACUAGAGAAGACCGGGCGCUUCAACAUUGUGUCCAAGGACAUUGGUGUUCCUCUUGUCGCCUUCUCUCUAAAUGACAACAGCCGUUACAACGAGUUUGAGGUCUCUGACAUGUUGCGAAGGUUUGGUUGGAUCGUGCCAGCGUACACUAUGCCAGCUGAUGCACAACAUGUGACAGUUCUCCGUGUUGUCAUUAGAGAAGACUUCUCACGAACCCUAGCAGAGCGCUUGGUGUUCGACAUCUGCAAGGUGCUCCAUGAGCUCGAUGCUCUGUCUUCAAAAAUAAGUGCCAAGAGGGAAGAGAAUGGGAAGAAUGGGACUGUGGUGAAGAAAACCGCAUUGCAGACGCAGAGGGAGAUCACUGAUGUUUGGAAGAAAUUUGUCUUGGCUAGGAAAACACAAGUGAUUUGCUAGUACUAAUUAAUUUGAUGUGCCAUUGAGGGUCUUGACAUGUUUUACAGAGUUUUUGAAAGUUUCUUCCCUUUUUUUUUCUUUUUAUUUUCUUUUUAUUUUUUUUAAUUUAAAUUUUGGUUAAUCACUAAUUGUCAAUGGUCAUGUUUGCCUCUUUCUGGCAAAUUAUAUGCAACUACUAAAAUUGCUUUUCUUGUUUUGGUUUGUUAAAGAUUUUUGAGUUUAUUGUU